AUAAUAUUGAAUCUCCAUGGAUGUCCAUCAACUCUGGAAAAUUCCUGAUGAAUGACAGCCACUCCCUGUGGGAGGAUCAGUUAUUGGAUCAACAGGACCAGCUGGGCAAGGAAAUGGAGGAGGCCAGAAAGAUGAUUUCCAUCCUACAAGGGUUACUAUUGAAUGGUUCACUUCCUGAAGAUGAACAGGAGGGGUCAUUUCCCCUGAGUGAGCAAGGAGCAUGUGCAGAAGAGCAACUGGUCAUCAUCAAGAGUCGAUUGGAUCUAAGCAUGGAUGAAUGCCAAGAGUUAAAGAAAGAACUUUCAAAAUUCAAACAGCAAACCAGGAAUCUGCAGGGAGUAAAGGAUGCCUUGCAGCAUCGGAUGGCCCAGCAGGAAAACUCCAUUCUUCAGCUCAAGCAGGAGUUGCUGAGAGCGGGCAUGGCCAAGGACGAACUGCUGAGUGAAAAUCUUGACCUUCAGAGGAAGUCUGAAGAACGGAACCGGAUGGUUGGGGAAUUUAAAAGGGAGAUGGGUCAGAAGGAGAGACUGUUCCAACAACAGAAGGUUAAACUGGAUGAUGCACUGCGGAAACUAACAGAAACUACUCACAUAAAGAAUGACUUGCAGAGAGAGUUGGACCACAAGGAGAUACUUCUGCAGCAGCUGGUGAACAGAGGGGAGGAAGAGACAGAGGACCUUCAGGUGGUACGAGAUUCACUACGAAGUUUACGUAACAGCUUUGCUGGUCAUGACCCUCAGCACCACACCAUCGACACCCUGGAACAAGGAAUUUCAAGUUUAUUAGACCGAAUGCAUGUAGCCCAAGCACAGGGAAGAGGCAGCAACAAAACUCCAGUGAAAAAUUCAGGAAGAGGAUCAGACACAGAAAGAGAAUCCUGGCCAUCAAAUCCCACGACUCUUCAUUUUCACAACAGCCCUGGUCUGAGAAAUCGUGUCUUCACAAAGGUGCUAUACUUCACAGACCGAACCCUUGUGCCAUUCAUGAUAAACAUUCCAAAGAGCCUUGGUGAGGUGACUCUUAAAGAUUUUAAAGCAGCAAUAGAUCGGGAAGGGAACUAUCGAUAUCACUUCAAGGCACUGGACCCAGAGUUUGGCACUGUGAAGGAAGAGCUUUUCCAUGAUGACGACAUCGUUCCAGGUUGGGAAGGCAAAAUAGUUGCAUGGGUCGAAGAAGACGGUGGUGACAGUCGGUAGAUUAAUCCUCGCCUCCAGAUCGGGAGCUUGAACCUUGCUUUAUAAAGUACAGACCUAAGGAGGACACCCACCAAAGAGCCAAAAGACACCAUCCAAGUCUUCACACUCUCCUCUGCCUUCAGGGUAGACAUCGUGCUGUGCCAACGGCCUCAUGUGGACUGGAGACGAGUCGGGUGUAAAAGCCUUGCACUGACGUCUGGCUGCUGUUUGGCUAACGUGGCUUCUGUUGGUCACUACCAGUGUACAAUUAUGAUGCCAUUCAUAGGCAAUGAGUAGACUGUGGCUUACAUCAGUGUUGUGCGGAACAGCUUCAGUUGAAUUUUGCUGCUGUUACAUCCUCAAAGCUUGGAGCAUCUAAGGCUAUCGUGACUUAUACCUGAGCUCUUGACAUAACUAUUAUGUUUCAUGUUGUUUAAAUUCCAAACUUUCUUCAUGACAAACCUGUAAAUAUCAUCUUUGCUAAUUGUUUCUACUUCGUACCAUUGUGGUUACAUCAGAGUUCUCAGCUGAGUGACUGCAGUUCUGAGCUUCAAGGCUAGGGCGAACUGUGCCGGUUAGCAGGUACAAGGAGGUGCCACAGGAUUGUGGUGGUGGUGGGCACCCUUCAAAUAGCAGCCAAUGUUUUACCUGUAUCGUGUCUUGUAGACCCUACUGCUGGUGUGUGGCGGGAUCUACCUGGGCUUGUUGGCUACAGAUUACUCUUAGGAGAACAGGAAUUAAUCAUCCCAGGAACUGCAGAUGUUAGGCAUUGGUUCUUUUCCCACAGAACAACAGAGGCCAUUAGGUGACAACACCCCUUAGUGCACUGCCUGCUGCCUGGUAAAGGAGCAGCAUUCCUCUCCUCAAAGCACCAUGCCCACAUGACCUGCAUUUAACAAACCUGUAAAGUCAACAGCAUCUGAAGAAAGUUUAGACGGCACCCUCUUAAAAUAGUAGCAUGUUCGUCAUUACAAAUUAAAACACAAAAGCAAAUAGGCCCAUUAGAUUUUUCGUAUCUUGUGUACAGAGUUCAUACUGCUCCUAUUCAGUCACAGUAGAGGAACAGCCAGGCUCCCGGAAAAUCAGACAGUGCAGCUUAGAAACGGUUGUUCUGCCUGCUUUGCAUGUGCCAAUUAUUUAAAAGAAGUAACCUGCUGGUUCAUGUUCUCUGAUCUUCCUCAUUGCAAACCAUCUAAGGGCAGCACAGUGGCGCAGCAGUAGAGCUGCUGCCGCAUGGUGACAGAGACUCAGGUUCGAUCUUGACCUCGGGUGCUGUCUGUGUGGUUUGUACGUUUUCCCUGUGACUGCAUGGGUUUUCACCAAUUGCUCCUGUUUCCUCCCACACCCCAAACACCUGCCAGUUUGCAGGUUAAUUGGCCUUCUGUAAAUUGCUCCUAGUGUGUAAGGAGUAGAUAAUAUAGAACUAGUAUGUGAACGGGUAAUUGAUGGUUGGCAUGGACUCAGUUGGUCAAAGGGCUUGUUUCCCUGCUGUAUCUCUCAACUAAUUAAAAUAAAAGGUAGUGAAGCAUUUAAAGGCAUGUGGGAAAGUCAUAAGAACUUUCUGCAAGAAUCACCAACCAAUUUGGAUUUAGUAACUUUAUUUUAGGGUUACCGCAGUGACAGGAACGAAACUGAUUGCUGACGGUAAUGGGAGCUUGGUUUUGUCCAGAGGGUAAAUUUAACAGAAGCGAGUAAUGCAAAAGUACAUGAGUACACAUUACAAGACCUACAGCUUGCUUACAACACUGCCUUUUUUAAAUGGGACAUGGAAUAGUUUUAACACAGAAGCAUUAAUGCCAUCAAGAAAUUAUGCAUUGAAAGAUUUUGGUAAUUUCAAAUUAAGAAUUUUGAGAAUGUUUACCAACACCACAUACUUGUGUAGGUAAAUUUGUUUUUAAACAUCAGCUAUCCUUUUAGCUUUUUUAAUUUUUUGUAUGUGACAAUUAUGCUGCUCAAAUUGGCUAGUAUUUGGAAAUUUACAUUAUCAAACUGGAUUUUAAGUAACUGCAGUCAAAUCUUGUUUGUGAAAAAUUAUGAGACCUGGAAAGUACCCUUUUAUAAAUGGAGGGUUAUCUUGAAGAAUGAAUUACCCUUGACUACUUUUUUCACAAUAGACUGCUUUUUAAAAAAUACUGGAUGUUUUGCCAGAGUUUCUGCUGUUGUAUGCGCUGGCACUAUGUUUAGGCCACACAUGGUACCAGGCAUUUAUUGUAAGUGCCAAAUGAUUACUGCUGUGCAGUUCAAAGUUGCAGAGCUCAACAUUCCAAAUAAUGCAAGUGGAGUAAUUGAUGUGUGCAUUGUAAAAGCUGUUCUGUUGCAAGAAAGGUUGUUUGGAUUGUGUAAACUUGACUGGUCCUUCAAAUGCCUUCCAAAGAAACUUGUUUGUCAUAAUGUUGUGUGAUUGUAUAAGGAUUACUGUUUUAAAAAAGCUUGCAUUUUCAAUAAAAUGUGGGCUAUUUGUACAACA